AUGGCGGAGGAAGAGCCGCUGGUUAAUCUGGAGAAAGAAGAUGUGGCGGUGACAGAGAAAGUGUUUGUUGAAGAGGUGAAAGAGACGAGUCGCAUUGCUUUGCCUAUGAUAGUGGUGACAGUCAGGGGCGGAGCUACCCUUGCCCGAGGGGUGUCAAUAUCACAGUACCUUUUGCGCGUUUCGCCAAUGAUUAUGUUAGGUCACCUUGGUGAACUCUCACUUUCUAGUGCUUCUAUUGCUACUUCACUUUCCAAUGUUACUGGUUACAGUGUUCUUUUUGGAAUGUGUAGUGCGCUGGAGACUCUAUGUGGGCAGGCCUAUGGAGCAGGACAAUAUCGAAAACUUGGAACUUUUACUUAUAGUGCUAUUAUUUGUCUGUUUCUGGUAUGUAUACCAGUCUCUGUUCUGUGGAUCUUUACGGAUAAACUUCUUAUAUUGAUGGGCCAAGAUCCUUCCAUUGCAACUGAAGCUGGAAAAUACGCGAUUUGGCUCAUUCCUACACUAUUUCCAUAUGCUAUUCUUCAGUCACUAGUCCGGUAUCUGCAGGCACAGAGUUUAAUCCUACCAAUGCUUUUAAGUGCAGUUGUAUCUUUAUGCUUCCAAGUUACGAUUUGUUGGGUUUUUAUAUUCAAAUUGAAUUUAGGGAUUAUCGGAGCAGCAUUGUCAAUCGGUUUAUCUUAUUGGUUGAAUGUGAUCUUGCUUAUACUUUAUGUGAAGUACUCAUCGGUUUGUGAAAAGACUCGAGCUUCAUUCUCUAGGGAUGUUUUCCUGACUACAGGGGACUUCUUCCGGUUUGCAAUCCCAUCUGCUGUAAUGGUUUGCUUGGAAUGGUGGGCAUUUGAGCUAAUCAUUCUGCUCUCUGGUCUGUUUCCAAAUCCGAUGCUAGAAACAUCCGUUCUGUCCAUAUGCUUUACAAUCACUACUGUGCACUACCAUAUACCUUAUUCUUUCGGUGCUGCAGCAAGUACACGGAUUUCAAAUGAGCUUGGAGCUGGGAGGCCACAAGCGGCAAAAAUUGCUCUCGCUGCUGUGAUAGUUCUUUCAGCUACAGAGGUUGUUCUUGCUAGUAUAACUCUAUUUGUAGUCCGCGAUGUAUGGGGCUAUGCAUUUUCUUAUGAGAACGAAGUAGUUACUUAUGUCGCAGAAAUUACUCCUAUUCUUUGCAUAUCAAUCAUCAUGGACGGCACCCAAGCUGUACUAUCAGGAGUUGCCAGAGGAAGCGGGUGGCAGCAUAUUGGAGCCUAUGUGAACCUUGGAGCAUAUUAUUUGGUUGGAAUUCCCGCGGUUCUAUUACUUGGAUUUGUAUUGCAUCUAAAAGGCAAGGGUCUUUGGAGUGGAUUGGUGGCUGGAACAACUGUGCAAUCUAUUUCACUCUCCCUUGUCACAGGCUUCACCAAUUGGGAGAAACAGGCCAUUGAAGCAAGACGCAGAAUAUUUAGUGAAAAGCUUGCUGGCAAAAAUAAGUUCAUUGAAUUACAGGACAUUCAAAUGCUAAAGAGUGAAAUGAAGCUUUAACUUGCUUUGAUUUAGCAAGGAUCACCCCUCAUCUUAGUACCGAUUGGACAAUUUUGAACGUAAUCCCUCUCUCAGGUGUUAAAUUUAUUCUUCUUUUUAUGCUUUUAAAUAAACUUAUCAAUUAUUCCAUUCAAGGACAGCUUUUUGUUCUCCGCGGAAUGAGAAAGAUCGAACUUUAGCUGAAUAGUUUCAGUGUUGUCAGAUACAAUUUUCCUGUUUCCUCAUACAAUGCAGGAUCUUCAAAAAUUGUUUUCCUGUUUCAUAGAUA